AACAUAAUCCAGCUCCAGCAAACCAAAGAUUUUUAUGCGCACGCGAUUAUACUGAUGCAUACUUUACUAAAAGGAUUACACCUCUACAAGUAUGCGAGAAAUUAAUUGAUAAAAUAAUUCAAUCUUGCUCUAAGGCGUGUGACCCACCUCUUAACGGUAUGUGUCAAUAUCACAAGGAUGAUAUUAUAGCGCAAGCUGAGGCGUCGACCUCUCGAUAUAAUCAAAACCAAACAUUGGGACCUCUCGACGGUGUUCCUGUGGCGUUUAAGGAUGUGAUCGAUGUUAUAGGCUAUGAGACACGUGUUGGAACAUCAUUUCUUAAUCAAGGAAACCCAGCUUCAAAGGAUGCAUUUUUGGUAAAAAAAUUAAGAGAACAAGGUGCUAUCAUCAUUGGAAAAACAAAUUUGCAAGAAUUCUGUUUUGAUAUUACGAUUAAUAAUCAGAAUGCAAAUAUAUCUCGCAAUCCCUACAAUACCGAUCAUUAUUGUAAAGAUAACUUGAUAGUCCAGGGACAUAUUCAAGUAGGGUUGCCAAAAUCCUUAGAG